AUCAAACAUGGAGGUUUUCCCUGAAUGAAUGAAUCACGAAAUGCAAAAAAAAAACACUACAAAAGUUUGGCUAAAAAGGGAAAAAACUAAACAAAAAGACACGAACAGACUGUGAAUGUAACGCGGUGAGUCAUCGCGCAUCGACGCACGCUGUUAGCACGUAAAGUGAAGCAUGUCUGAGCCGAGGACGCACGCUGCUGCUACUGCUGCUGCUGACUUCACCGAGCACUGGAGGACUGUCUCCAAAUACUGCCGCAGCAAAACAUUAGACAACAACAAAACAGCAAAGCAGGCGGGUGACACAACAGCAUCAGCCAUGUGUAAAGAUCUGCAGAGUCCUCAGCGCAGAGGCUUCAGCAGAUAUCCCUGCUUGGGUAAUGGAGAUUCUCCAGGUGAUGUGGAAGCUUCACAAGACAUUAUCUGGGAUCCCACAUCUCCCACUCAAGGGAAUACAGGGCUCAGGAACACCAGAGUUGUGGAAAUAUCGGAUAUUGUCAACCGCAUUGCUCCAAAGGAUGUGAAGUUAAAAGGGACUGAAUCACCUCUGCUGCAGUGGAUCGGUGACAGCGCCGUCCCGUGCACACCAGAGAUUCCUAAGCCCAGAGUCAGGAAGAAGUCCUCGAGGCAGAGCAGUGUUGAAGACCUCAAGAAACUGGCCAGGCAGUUUGAUGAGAACAUGCAACAAGACAAGGAGACUUCCAAACAGCUGAACACUAUCAACAAUAAUAUCCAUGAAUAUGUGACCAGUUCCAACACAAAGCGGACAGAGACAUCCUUCCAUAGCAAGGUGAACAGCCUAAAACCUCUAUCCUCAUCAGCUCAGGUGGAGGCAGAGCUGCACGCUUUGUUUGACAGCUCCACUCAAAGAAUCAGCGGUCGGCUAAGCCAGGGCUCUUCAAAAUCAGCCUGUUCACAGGAAAUAAACGACCAGCUCGCGACUUCAACUGUGGCUGAACCCCAGCGAUUAGAGCACAAGCCAGCUGACAAGUCUGGCUCAGCUGCACAUCCUGCUGGAGAAAAAGGAUCUUGUGGUUAUAGUGCGAGCAAUUGUGAUGACUUUGAUGACGACUGGGAGAAUGACGAUCUCCUUAAUGACUCUUUUGUGCUGGCAAUGACCCAGGAUCCUGACCAGCAACACAACACCAACCUUAAAGUGUCCUUGCAGUCUAUCACUAAGACAAACACUACACAGUGCGCCUCCGUUUGCAAGCCAACUGUAAGUAUAAACUCUUCACCUCAAGUUUCAAACCUGCACUCCAAGCCAAGCUGCAGUGGCCUCCAGGAAUUGUGUCCCAAACCAAAGACUACCAAUCGAAGCACUUUCAAGUUAGAGCCCAACCCUCACUUCCAGCCUAAGACUGCUGCCAAAGAGGUUUCCCAGUCCAGCUUCACUGUUAUACAACUUAAAUCACAGAUGUCUGAGCAAAAAUCUGCUACCACAAAAACACUGACUACCCCUCAGCUUGACAAAAUGACUAAUGAUCAGAGAGGGGCUUGUGUUGCUGCAGACUCUGUAAAAGAUAUUUCAGACAGCUUAUGGGAUGACGGGGAUGAUGACGCGCUGCUCUACCAGGUAUGUGACAACAUGGAGAGGAUCUCCAACAGUCAGCCAUUGCAUGAAAGCCCCAACAGCUGCCAAGAAAAACAAGAUAUUGCUGUAGAGAGACAGCGGAAAACCACGGUGCCUUUGCCAAUCGACACGGCCUGGUCUACGAGCGCCGGUGCCAGUGCUAACAGACAGUCACCAUGCACUUUUGUCCGUUCUAACUCAUUACCAGGGACUAGCUGUGAAACCGUGAACUACCAAGGAUGGAACAUUCCCAUGCAAGGUGCCAACAGCAAAUCGCGGAUGUCUCAGAGUCUCCCAGGAAGCCGUGUGAGUCUAGGCACGUUCAGCCUGCGUAGGGAUUCCUCUGGAACUUUCCAGACCAUGAAUGUGGAUGUGAAGCCUCAUACAGUGACCGCCAGGCCACUGCAGAACUCCAAGUCCCAACACACAGCCUUCAAGAGAAAUGUAUCUGACUCAGCAGUUCUACACAGUAAAGUUUUUGUCACCAGCCAGACGACGGGGAAAUGCUCCGCAGCCGAGAUUGAGAGGAAGAAACAGGAAGCCUUGGCUAAGAGGCGAAAGCGAAUGCAGAACACAUCAAAACCAUAAAGGAGAUUUUUUCCUCAUAUCUUAAUUAAGCUUAACAAAACUUAUCAUUCCGUACCAGUAGUUCAAACACCCUCUUUGCCAAGUGUGUUUGUGUAAUAGUUCAGUAUUAGAUUGCCAAGUUUUGGAGGAUAUACGUGACGCUCUGCACAGAAAAGACAAGUGAAAAAGAUAAGUUCAUUCUUAUCAGAGCUGCUUAACGUUUUUGCUGCUAAUCUAAAACACAUAUUUACGCAAAGCAAGUUUUUUACAUUGUUAGUUCCAAGUUUUGGACUGAGACAACAUUAAAAGAGAUUUACCUUUCACAUUUAGAUUUUUGAAAAAAUAUUUACAUCCACUGAGUUUUAAGUACUUCCAAAUGCUGACCAAUUCUGGUAACAGCUUUCUGUUGUUUUCCAGCAGCGUCAUUUGAGCUCU